CGUGGUCCUGUGACGUCGCGGUCCGGACCUUGUAUCCGUUCGCUUACCGAUCAGCCGCCGAAGUCUGAAUCGUCGGCGGUCCAGGGUUAUCACUUAUCAUGGAUCGCAUUCUUGUUACUCUUCUAAUAUUAUAGUUAAAUGAGAAUCCACUUACAAUGGAGGGAUUUCUGCAUCACAUGGCGCCGCAGUUUCUGCAUCCAGCGCUGCAAAGCUUUGGAUGUGGAGCCUUUCGGCCGAUCGGUGGCGCUUUCCACCCACUUUACCCAGGAAAGGCUUUUGCGAGACACCUUGGCGAACAAUAUGCUCUCGGCCAAAGCGUUGGACAAGCUCUCCGGAGCGUUCGAGACGACAGCAGUACUCCCCCGCUUUACCGGCACACGUACACGGUGCGUGACGACACCAGCUCGCCCGGGUCAGCCGCAUCCGCCUCUCCCAGACCCUGCAAGGACGACGAGCCCACUGUCACCGCUCCUUGCUCUGAUUCCCAUGAUUUAUUUUCACCGGAUGGUGAGCGAAAAUCAGCAUGUGGAGUUUGUGGUGCACGUUUGGGGCCGGGCGUAGCACAGGCCCACUUCUUGCAAGAACUGCAACAUUUAUAUAGUCUGACAGCCCUGCCAAGGGACGUAUCCGCGCCACCUACUCACUCCCUGCAUCAUCAAGAUGAAGAUGCCCGUUGGGAGACGUACCAACGAAUCCGAGCGAACCGGCAACGCCGCCUAAAGCUGCGAACACGCAAGCGCCACCACACGGUGGAGAGCAUGCUGGGCUACGAUCUGGACGACGACCGGCGGGAGGAACGUCCGCGGGAGAACCGCUCGUAUGACGCGGAGGACGAACCUGUUGAUGUGGAGGGAGACUCCCUUGGCUGGCCUGAUGCGGCUAUCACUAUCGAUGAUAAAGAUCAACGAAGUGAGAGCGACAAAUUGCAUCUGAAUUAUUCUGAAGAUCUGGAAAUAUCCAGCACCAAUGAUGCUAUGCAGUCGCCUGAGCGCGUAAGCUCGGUUCCCCGCAUCGAGACUCCAAAGCCGCUAUCUCUGGAGUGCGCGAAGACUGAGAGCUUGGAGCGCCCAGCCGAAGUGACCACGUCUGAUUGGGCCGGCGGCGCCCCGCCCGAGAACUGGCCCGCUCUAACAGAGGCCUAUGCACACGCUCGCCACAAGCUCGAUGGGGAAAUGCCUUCCUCCACCGACUCGCGCAACUAAAGCGACAUUCUAGUUUGGAGUGCUGAUAAUAUUCAUUAUUUGGUGUAUUGGCAAAGUCUCUUUAAGAGUAUAUUUAUUUCAUGUAUUCAAUUUUUUUACCAGUAAAUACUUUGAUACUUGUAAUUAAAUGAAAACGACAAUUUUAAACAGUAUACCGUACCGAAUAGGAUUACCUACCUAUAACUUAAAACGACACAGCAAACGCGGCGGGAAUCUCGUUUACCACUAUAUGCCUGUAAAAGUAGGUAUAGAAUACCUUUAUGUAUUAGGUAAUAUAAAAUCCAUUCAGCUUACAGUGUGUUAUUUGUUUGCGCACUGAUAGAUAGGUAUAAUAUUUUACAAACAGCCCAAUAUUAUAUUUAUUACUAUCUGUCUACGGAUCAAUUACAUAAUAUACAAAUUUUAAUAAAAUAUGCAUGCUAACAUCUAUACGUAUUAUAAGUAAAGUUAAUCAAUUUGUUGAACUUGUAAAAUUUCGGUUUGUAACUACUUUUAUUAUGAAUAAAUUUAC